CGAGGAUCCAAAAGCAUACAAUAACCGUGCCGCGGCGUAUACAAAGCUCGCUGCUCUCCCGGAGGCGUUGAAGGACGCCGAAAAGGCGAUUGAAAUUGACCCUGCUUUUGGUCUGUAUAUCGUUCUUGUCGCAUUCGCCACCUAUCUGACAUGGCGACCAACGAAUCAGUCAAGGGACACAUUCGAAAAGCAACCGUCCUGUAUGGCAUGCGUGAGUACACUAAAGCUAUGGAGGCCUGCCACAAAGCAGCCGAUGCUGACACCGAACACAAGCACGUCCGUGAAAUCGAGCAGGAGCUGCAGAAGAUUUCGAUAGCGAUAUAUACCCAGCGCGAAGGCGAGACUGAAGAGGAGACGCUUCAGCGGGCGAUGAGAGAUCCGGAGGUGGCUUCUAUCAUGCAAGACCCUAUCAUGCAGCAGAUCUUGCAGCAGGCGCAACAGGAUCCCAAGGCACUUCAAGAUCAUAUGAAGAACCCUAUCGUUCGCGAAAAGAUUCAGAAACUGGUUGCAGCAGGCAUUAUCCGAACUCGAUGAAGACGUCCGUAUGCUCGACUUUGUGGUUGUACGUAACUAUUUGGUGGUGACGAUCCUGGGGCCUCUUGUUUUUCUAGUCUCACUUCAUGAGGUA